CAUGUGUUUUAGUCGGGAGAUCCCGUUGUGACGUGGCACAUAACAAUUGGGUGACUGACGACCUGCAUCGGGACCCGAUUUCUUCGAUCUCUGCAAGCCCUUCGAGCCUUCGUUUCGGUUCUGCUCUUGAGUUUCGGGAUUGAAGGAAGACAAAAACCAAUAAUUUUAAAGAGAACCGAGAUAUGUCGGCGCUCUUCAAUUUCCAUUCAUUUCUAACAGUAGUAUUGUUGGUGAUCUGUACCUGCACUUAUUUGAAGAUGCAAUUUCCAGCAAUCCUUGAACAUAGAACUGGGUUUCGGGGUUUCUUCUGGAAGGCAGCUAGAAUAGGUGAGCGAUUGAGCCCUUGGGUAGCUGUGGGAUGCUUCACAAUGGGUGUGUCUGUAAUCUUUUUCUGAGCAAAAAACAUGUUUGUGUACUCUAAUGUAAGGUCUGGUCUGUCAGCAAAUAUCUCCCUUAUUAACAUUUGAUGUUACUGAAUGGUUUGUGUGUUGAGAGGGUGAUGUUGGACUCUGUUAAAGAGUCAUUACAAACUGAUUUCAGAAGCUGAGCCUGCAUUAUCAGGCAAAUUUGUUUACUGAUGACACCAUCUUUUAUACGAGUCAAUUGGUUUUUACUUUUUAGUUUC